AUCAACAAAUAAAACAAUAAUGGAAACAAAUUCUAUUUUUUUAAAGAAAGCUUCUGUGCAGUGUCUGCAGAGCCACAUGUGGCUCCAGAGCUGCAGGUUCAACGCCCCUGAGCUCAUCACUGUACACUGUAAAACAGGCUUUUACACUCGUCUGUAUCUAACAGUGAAAGUGGUGCAACAGUGAUCCCUGUCUUUGAGUUCUGAGUUUGCACAGAUUUCACAAUGUUUUCAUUUUCCACACGGGCGUGGUUUCUGUCACUGAAGUAUUUAUGACUCAAGCUACUUCCUUCCUAACAGCAAGUCAAAACAGAUCCUGAGAGCCCGUCUGCACACAGCUGGAGCUACGAUCAUCACAUCUCAGCUGAUCUCAGGCAGGUUUCACAGUGUCAACAACUUUUCCUCGUCUGUUCACGUCGGCAUCAAGUUCUAAGGUUUGAAGACUCAGAAAUAACAUUUCCUGAGCUGAAGGUUGAACUCUGAUCAGCUGAAAUCACCCAGCUGUGGACUGAACUGUACAGAGAAAUGAAGGAGCACUUGAUGAAAAUUGUAUUUGUUGGUGAUGUUGUUGGGAAGACGGCUUUUAUCCAUCGAUACGUCAGUGGACAGUUCAGCUUGACGACCGAUGCGACAGUGGGAGCGGCUUUCAGGGAGAAGACGCUGCAGUGGUCAGAAAAAGAGACAGUCAGACUGCAAAUCUGGGACAUAUCAAGCCGGGUGCGUUUCGAUUCCAUGACCAUGAUCUUCUACAAAGGGGCUCUGGGCUGCGUUGUGAUGUUUGACGUCACCAACUCGUCCAGCUUCCUCAGGUGUCAGGACUGGAAACGGGACCUGGACAGCAAGGCCACGCUGCCCAGCGGAGCUCCCAUCCCCUGCAUCCUGCUGGCCAACAUGUGUGACCUUCCUGAGCGGGUGGUGACAGCAGACAGCAUCGCCGAGUUCAGCAAGAACAACGGCUUCUUCACCUGGAUGGAGACCUCAGUCAGAGACAACAGGAACAUUGGAGAAGCCAUGAGGAGGUUGGUGCAGGAGAUCCUGUCGGUCCAGUCCAGUGUGGACCAGCCGCUGUCCAGCCAGGAAGACAACGUCAAUCUUCAGUCUCAGGAUGCCAGAAGGCGACAAACCUGCUUCUGACGACAAUGACUCCAUUCAGCUGUCCUCAUCAGUCUGUCUGUUUCCCUGUCUGUCAGUGCUCGUCUUGUGUGUCUGGUGCUACUUUGUGUCUCCCUCCUCGUGUUUUCAGUCAGCCAACAGACUUUCUCCCAUGUGCUCGUUACCUUCAUGUUCUGCACCUGUGUGUUCCCCAUUUUAACCCUCCUCUCCUCCAGUGAGUCCAGUCAGUUCACAGUGCUCUCUGCCGUCCUGCAGCCUCAUGUGUUUGUGGACAUUCGAUCAAUAAAUCCUUCAGAACUCCAUCCUCGUGUCCAUCUGCAUUCAGGUCCAGCACUGUUGAGGCAUCAUGCUCCAUCAUGACCUCCACCUGUGUCGUCAUUUUCCACCCAUCAUUAGAAGACUGGUGAAGCUUGUUAGAGCACAGAUCUGAAGCACACUUCAUACGUUGACCCUAUUCUGCAAAACACUCGUGUCACACUAGAAUUUUCUAUCAGAAAAUAUCAAAGAUGAUGAAGAUUCCAAGAAGAAAUCAGACUUGUGUUGCCUGAAAACUAAAUCUGACCGAAUCGCAUUGUUUUCCGGUUUGUUUACAUGACAGCGGUGCUCAAACUGAAAACACAAGUUUUUACAAAUGGCUUCCAAAGUUUUGAGAGCUCUCUGACUCUGACAUCAUGCUGAUGGACUAAAUUUCGGUCUUGUCCAGUCUAUAUCCAUGUAGAUGGUGGAAAAGCUUCUCUGGAUCCUGCAGACCACAGACGUGAGUUCCGUAAAUCCUCUUCUAGUAGCCGGGGCUUUUAUUUUUCUCAACUGUUGCUGGCGACAGGCUUUUAAUGGAAGACGGCAUGUGUAAGAGAGAGCCUUAAAUUUUGAAAUUUUCAAAAAGAGCAGAAAGAUCUUUUGUGUCAAUUUGAACCCAGUAAAAUGGACUGUAAAUGUACUUUUUCAAUCGAUGUGAAAAAAAUUAAC